AUGUUGAAAGCGGUAUUAUCAGCUUCUCCCACACAUGCCAUGUCGUGUUUUGAGCUACCAAUGAGCUUGUGCAAAAGGAUCCAAUCUGCGUUAACGAGGUUUUGGUGGGACGGGAAUGAUAACAAGAGGAAUAUGUGCUGGACAUCUUGGUCUAAACUCUCAAAGCCAAAGAAACUAGGAGGAUUGGGCUUUCGAGAUAUCCAUCUCUUUAACAAAGCCCUACUGGCGAAGCAAUCUUGGAGAGUGCUCACGAAACCGGAUUGUUUAUUAUCUCGUGUCUUAAGGGGCAAGUAUUGUCACAAGGCGUCAUUCCUCACGGUGAAGGCAACUACAGCUUGUUCUCAUGGAUGGCGCGGGAUCCUCCACGGCAGAGACAUCCUAGCACCUAACGUGGGCAAGGCUAUAGGAGAUGGAAACUCUACUAAAGUCUGGAAGGAAUCAUGGAUAAAGGGGGACUCUCUGUUUUGCCCGAUAGGACCAGCUAAGGAGGAUGAGCUCGACCUUUAUGUCUCGGACCUACUUGCGCGAGGAACAAACGAAUGGAACAGACAGAAGGUGUACGACCUGCUGCCCUCAUAUGUAAACAUGAUACUCUGUAUGAGACCAAGCCACCUUGGAGCAGAAGAUAAGUAUGUUUGGCCACUAAACACAUCAGGAACAUAUUCUACAAAUCGGGUCUUUCUGUGGAAGAUUGUACAAGAUGCCUUGCCGCUGGGGAUGGCUCUACAAAGGAGAGGAAUCUUAACGCACCCAGUUACAUGUGCACGUUGCGGCGAACCGGAAUCCGCAGACCAUCUCUUCCUCCACUGCAGGUUCACUAAGAGGGUGUGGAGUAACCUCCCCACAAGACCAAUCGACCUCCAACCAACGGCUACUUUUGCUACAAGCCUGGAAGCGGCGCCCACACUGGUUUGUCUUCCACCUACAGGUGUUUCAGUUCAUGUUUUCGCUUGGGAGGCACAACCAGCUAAACCAAACGGAGCAAGCAACAUAAGAAGAUACAGUGGCCAUACAUCGACUGAGACUACAACUCUGUAUACAGACGCGGCCUGGAGAGCACAGGACAGAACCGCAGGGUGUGGCUGGAUAUUUUACACCCCACGACCAGGAGAAGCAAGACAAGGAGUCUCAAAGGAAUCAUUCGUCGCAUCCCCCUUGAUGGCCGAGGCAUUGGCUGUGGGAGAAGCUCUUCUACAUGCCAAAGCUCUUCACCUAUCCAAUAUCUGUCUCAAAUCAGAUAAUCAAGUGCUUAUCAAAGCGCUAAACUCGAAGCAACAUCCGGUGGAGAUCUACGGAAUCAACUUGGAUAUCGAGAAUCUAUCUUCAUCCUUUUCUUCUAUCACUUUUAGUUAUGUCCCUAGAAGCUUAAACUUGGCUGCGGAUGCUUUGGCUAAAUCUGCAUUGUAUCUUCUACCUGGGUAA